AUGUCUUCUCGCUACUAUAGCCGCUACGAACCCUCUUAUUCAUACAAAUCACCACCGCCACCACCACCACCUCCCCAACCGGUAGAUCCUCCGGAGUGGUGGACCGAGACGUGGAAAAAGGCGUUUCGGAUACGGACAACCGUGUGGUCAUUUUUGUGUGGGGUCGAGUGGUUUAGACAUUUUGAGGCGACUCGCGCGGCGAUAUGGUCGGUUGAGUGGAAGAAGCAUUCUUUGUUUGUGUGGAAAUACACAGCGAUUACGGCGAUUUGGUUGUGGAAUGCUAGCUGCUUCACAGGAAGAUAUCUCGCACUAGUUUGGAAAGCUUUCGCCGCUGCGUCCGCAGCCACUCAGGCGGAGGAAAAGAAGAAGGAAAAAGGUAAAGAAAAAGAGAGGGUUACAAUCAUCGAAGACAAAAAGGAGACGUCCGCCAAGGAAGAGAAGAAAGAAGAGGUAAAAGCAGUAAAAGCAGAAAAGAAAGCAGAAGAUGCCGAAGUGAUCACCGUUCAUAGCGAUGGUCUCGGGGGUCGAGAGUACCAUGUCAACGACUUCUUAGUCGACGAUGGAUAUUACAUGGGCCACCCACAUUCACAUUCACAUUCUCAUUCCCAUUAUCCAGCCUUCACGAGAGAAGAUACGACGAAGUCCAGCCGCGCUUCUGGCAGUAUUGAUUCGAGAGAUACCGAGAGGACUAGAGAUAGGCGAAGCAGAUCGAGCAAGACAGAAUCGAGUCACAGCGAUAGGAGGAGGAGCGACAAGAGCGAUAAGAAGAAGCGAGAUGAGAAAAAAGAUGACAAGAAGAAAAGCAAAGACAAAGACAAGGACAAGAGCAAAUCUAGUACGAAAAAAAGUCGCUUGGUAUUGGUCUAG